AUGGGAAGAGCCACCAACAAGAUUAAGGUUGGCGAAAAGAGGAAAUUUGAAGGGUCGGCAAGGCCCGAUAAACUUCUGCAACAAUACAGGGAGUUUCCUUCUUCGGGUCCACGGGAACUAACCCUAGCCAUGGUUCGAUCCAUUGAAGAAGCUGACAAGCCAGCCAAGAGGGGAAAGAAAGCUGCGACUCAGAAGGAGACAAAGGUUGCUAAAACAACCAAGGGGCAAACCCCUACGAAGCGAAGGUCAGACAAGGCUGCUCUGUCCCAGCCUGAACCCAAGAAGCAGAAAAAGCCCGCUCGGAGACUCAUACUCCAAUCUUCAAGUGAUUCAGACUCAGAGUAUGUCCCUCCCAAACACACAUCUGCUCCUCCUUCAGAAUCUGAAAGCGAAAGCUCUGACGAGGAGGCUUCGGGUCGUGGUAAUACCCCGCCUCGCUCUCCUACCCCCGAAAUUCCAGUGCCUGGUGUCCAACCGAAACAAGGGGGAGAGAAGAAGAAGGUUAAUGAAGCUUCGAUCCCUCUAAUCCUUUUCAGAAAACAAAGGCAUCUGAUAAGGAACUUGAAGAAAAACUGA